CACUUCCGGGGCGGCGCGGCUCGGAGCGACCGUUGAGGAGCAGAGUGUGAGUGGCUGCGACCUUGCGUUGGGCCUCAGGAGAACAGUGUGUGACUGUGUCUCGAGCAUCGUGCGUGGCCGUUGCCAGAAAGCAGCCUCCUGGAGAGCAGCAGAGCAGCAGGCUGUCUGCGCUAUGGCCGCUGAACUGCAUUUCUCGCCCCGUGAGAUCCCGGAGCCCACGCUGAUGGAGAACGUGCUGCGCUCCGGCCUCUUCUUUGGAGCCGUUUUGCAGCUUGUGUGCGUGCUGGCCAUAACCCUGCCAGUUCCCAAGUGCCCAGAGACAACCGUCGAGGAGCAGAGUGUGAGUGGCUGCGACAUUGCGUUGGGCCUCAGGAGAACAGUGUGUGACUGUGUCUCGAGCAUCGUGCGUGGCCGUUGCCAGAAAGCAGCCUCCUGGAGAGCAGCAGAGCAGCAGGCUGUCUGCGCUAUGGCCGCUGAACUGCAUUUCUCGCCCCGUGAGAUCCCUGAGCCCACGCUGAUGGAGAACGUGCUGCGCUCCGGCCUCUUCUUUGGAGCCGUUUUGCAGCUUGUGUGCGUGCUGGCCAUAACCCUGCCAGUUCCCAAGUGCCCAGAGAGAACCGUCGAGGAGCAGAGUGUGAGUGGCUGCGACAUUGCGUUGGGCCUCAGGAGAACAGUGUGUGACUGUGUCUCGAGCAUCGUGCGUGGCCGUUGCCAGACCGUCGAGGAGCAGAGUGUGAGUGGCUGCGACAUUGCGUUGGGCCUCAGGAGAACAGUGUGUGACUGUGUCUCGAGCAUCGUGCGUGGCCGUUGCCAGAAAGCAGCCUCCUGGAGAGCAGCAGAGCAGCAGGCUGUCUGCGCUAUGGCCGCUGAAGUGCAUUUCUCGCCCCGUGAGAUCCCGGAGCCCACGCUGAUGGAGAACGUGCUGCGCUCCGGCCUCUUCUUUGGAGCCGUUUUCCAGCUUGUGUGCGUGCUGGCCAUAACCCUGCCAGUUCCCAAGUGCCCAGAGACAGACUGGGACGGCUUGGAGUCUAAGACUUGGGAGACGGUGAAGAAACCAAAGGCAAGUGCUGCACAGCUAAGCAAGAAAGCCAAGAAGGAAAGCAAAAAGAAACGGUGAGGGCUUGAGCGCUAAGCCUCAAAGGCCAAAGGAAGCAGCGGGAAUGCUUGCUGAGAGGUGCUCCAAAGGCAGCGCACUGUACGUCUGGUUUUGUGGCGUGGCCGUGCUUUCCCUUGCCCGGACAUUGGAGAGGAACUGAGGAAGCUGGAAGGGCUUCUGAUGCGUGACAAACAAAUCGGACUUUGCCUGUGCGGGAUUUCAUGUGUGGCAAGAGCUGGGGACGCUGCAUUCCUUCAGGGUCCUUCAGCUCGAUAGCUGUUUCAGAAUGUUGAUGAUGAGGUGAACUUACCGCAUGUGGUUGGUCAUGAGCGGUAUCCAGGCUAUUUUAUUUUCUGUUGACAUAUCUACAAAAGGCAACCCAAAUCCCUUUGUUUAAAAUAAAAGGGAAAGCAACCUUUUACACCUGGUGCUGCCUCUUUCAGUAGCUGGUCCAAACAUGCCUGGCUUGGGCUGGCAGUGGCAGGGCGAUGAACCGGCCGGCUUCACGUCCCUCCGUGGAGAUGGAGCUGCUUUUCCCGCGUUUCCAUGUUGGUCUUGCCAAGUGGUGGCCUUUCAGCCAACGCGUAAGUGCUAGCGAAGCGUGUGAGCAUCAGCUUGCUCUGUGAGGCCUGAGAGCAACAAAAGGAGAGGAAGCAGCGCGCGAGGAAGCAAGGUGUCCCUGCACUCAGCCCCUUGAGCUUGUCUCUCCAGCUUGCCUGGUGGCUUUUUCAGCCUUGUGUAGCACUGACUGUUCCUGCUUGCCCUGGGAAGGCCAGCUGCAGCUGCGGGCAGCCGUGGCCUGCACGUCAGGCUCCCGUUGAGCCGCGAGGAGUUCAAGUGCGGGUGGGCUGGUGUGAAGAGCAGCUCUGGGAGUGGGGCAGGAGGAGAGGGCAAGGGUUGGAAGGGACCUCUAGAGCUCAUCGAGUCCAACCCCCUGCCAAAUCAGGUUCCCUACACCGGGUCACACAGGUUGGCGUCCAGGCAGGUCUUGAACAUCUCCAGAGAAGGAGACUCCCCCACCUCCCUGGGCAGCCUGUUCCAGUGCUCCGUCACCUCACUGUACAGAAGUUCCUUCGCACAUUGGUGCAGAACUUCCUAUGCUGCAGUUUCCGGCCGUUUCCCCUUGUCCUGUCUCCCCUCAACACUGAAAAGAGUCCGGCCUCGCCAUUCUGCCCCCCACACCUUAGAUAUUUAUAGACCUUGAUCAGGUCCCCUCUCAGUCUUUUUUUCUCAAGGCUGAACAGACCCAGACUUCUUUUGGUUUGUGUAUUUAUUUUUUGUGUAAUUUAUUGAAUAUUUUUUUCUGUAUCUUAUGUAUCCUAAUAUUUUCCACUUAAAUGCUAUUAUCCACAUCAAUUACUGCUCAGUUUGUACAUAUGCAGUGUAGCCCAGACAUAGUGUACAUAAGGAACCAAGCUCUCAGUGAAUCUUAACAAAACAAAGGGCAUGCAGUGACUUUGUCUGUCUUCCUUCCUGUGAGACAUUUCUGGAGCUGUUAGGGUCAGUUGUUCUCACAAACCCACAAUCCAGCAGGAGGCAUAUGGCUGUUAAUCCAACUGUGCGGUGACUUCAGCCUGCAAUAGCUGACUGGCCAUCCCUUGGCUCCUGGCUGGGGUCUGUGCUUGCAGGCUCACAUCUGUCAGUGCCUCUGACAGGCCAGCAGCAGCACCUGGUUUGCACGUUGGUUCUGAGAUCCCCUCUUCCUCAGUUUCUUUGAGACUUUGCAUAGGAAAAGUUCUUGGAUAUGGGUUCUCAUCUCAGAGGUUUAAACGUUUCCCUGAAAAUUUCUUUCCAUUUGCCUCACAGAGGUAGGUGGGCACUGCCUUCAGGAUGCCCUAGGAUAGCUGACGUAUGCAUGAGAGUACAGGAAGGGUUUCCCAGGACUCUCAGGAGACAUUCUGGAGCAUGAAUUUGCAGGUAGGUCCUCCUGCAGAAGUUUGUGUCCUCCUCCUUCCUGAGUAAGGUGCCACUUCCAUCUCAGGAAUGGAACAGCCAACAGAGGUGAGACAGAAACUCUUCAAGAAAAGGCUCAGUGUUGCACUCAGAGACAGAAUUCAGUGGUGUGGUGGUGGUGUGUUGAGCUGAAACUCAAUCCCAUUGCCCCUUAGCCUUGCAGCUCCUGUGGCUUGGUGACAGUGCUGCUGUGUGGCUGCAAACACAAGCAGGGACACGCAGUGGGCACUUCUGUCACACAGAUUGUUUCCACCACAGCAAAUCUGUCGCUAAUGGAGAUCUCCUCAUGGCGGUGCCUGAAGGCUCAGGGCCUCUUUGAAAGUUGCUGCCAAGAACAUUCCCAAGGAAUGGACUGCACAGAUUGCCACACUUACUCUCCUACUCAUGCUAAAACCAAGCUUUGUUGAUAACAUUAAAAGAUUGUAUUUAAUGCUUGCCCAAACUGCAGCCCACAUCAAAACACUAAUCCAUAAUGCUUGUCCAUGUCCUAACAGUGUCCUGAAAACCUUAGCAGAACACCAAGCCCUCUCACUGAACCUUUGCUUAAUCUCUGCCCCAUAAAAUGAGUUCUAACCCUUAAUUCCUAUCCUGAACACCCAACACCCAUAGAGCCUGCUCCUGUGCUCUGCCCUCCUCACCUUCAACCCCUUCCCUAACCCUAAACUUUGAGUACUUGGCUGUCCAGGGCAGAGCAGGAAUCUUGGAGUCUUUGAGCAAAUGCAUGUAGUGCAGUGAUGAAUGUGAGGUGAUGUAUGUACAGGAGGUGAUGUGACUGAUCAGCUUGAGGCCAUGAGGAGGAGGUGGGUAGGAUUGCUGCCAUGAGCUCAGCUCUACCUCAGGACCUCCUGGGCCUGCAGGUGGCGCGAGGCUGUGAAGGUGGCUGUGAGAUCACUUGUGUGUGUGGAGUUGACAGGCCAGCCCCAGCAAGGCAUGGUGUGCUGCCUUCUGCCUGAAGCAGCUGUUGGUCAGCCCUUGGCUCCUGGCUGGGAUCUGUGCAUACAGGAUCACAUCUGCAGUGUCCCUGAGAGGCUGACAGAAAGUGCCAGGUUGAUGUGUUGCCUGUGGGAUCCUCUGUGCCUGAGCACCUGGUAGGGCCCAUAGAGGAAGAAGGAGCUUUGUGUGAGGGAUUGUGAUGGCUCAUCUGUGUGAGUUCACAACUCAAUAGCAGGAGGGACAUGACUUGGUUGUGUCUACCUGGAAACUGGCAGGUGCCUUGGAAGAUGAUGGUGAGGUUGUGUCACAGAGUUAUCUAGAUCAGUCUAUGCCCGUGACAGGGGGCAGUAGGCCCCUGGCCCCCCUCCAAGCCCCACAAAAUGGGAAGGGUGAAGGAAAAGAGAUAGGAAGAUGGGAGCUGGGCUCAAGGAAGGAAAAAAGCAAAAACAGCAGCAAUGAUCUAUGGAGGAAAACUUAUUUUGCUAUGAUAUUGGAAUGCAAGAUAACACAGUAUCAUAUAAUCUAAUUGAAAUUGAGACUAAUAAACCAAGUAAGAUAGGAGAGAGAGAGAGUUCCUGAGUGAGUCAAACCUGAAAAGCUUGGAAGGGCUAGGAAAGCACCUCCAGCACCCACUGCAAGGCAGCAAGAGAGCGCCCCAUCCAAAGGGCCAGAUCCCAUGACUUCAGUACUGUAUAGGGACAGGUACCUGGAAUUGCAGCAUGAACACUUUAACUCCCAGUGCACUGCUUGAUGUUAUGAUGUGGAAUGCUGAAAACCAGAAAACACAGAACCAUGACAUUGGAGUUGCCUCUCUUUAUUCCAAGUUUAGUCGCACUUUACUCCAGGCUUACUCACACUUCACUCAAGUAUCUCUGACUCACACUUUACUCAAGAGUUACUCAAACUUUUCCUUACAUUUACCCACACUUGACUCUGGGUUUGCUCACACUUUUCUCUGGGUUUUACUGACACCCUACUCUGGUGUGUACACCCUCUGUUCCAGGCCUACCCACACUUUACUCCGGGUUUUUCUCACUCUUUAUUCUGAGGUUACUCACAUUUAAUCCUGAUUUAUUCAGAGUAUUCUCCGGGUUUUAUACACAAUUUUCCCCAGGUUUGCACACUCUUUACUAUGGCUUUACUUUUCCUCUACUCUGGGUGGACUCACACCUUACACUGGCUUUUACUCACACUUUACUCCAUGUUUACUAACACUUUAGUCUGGGUUUUCUCACACUUGACUUGGGCUUACCUCACUCUUUACUCCAAGUUUACUUGCACUUUACUCCGAGUUUACUCACACUUCUUUUUUGAGU